GAUACACUAAAGGCUGAACGCCCUUUUCAUUUGCCGCCCGCUGCUCCUUCACUCGUAUUUCAAGAGACUUUCUUACUUCUCUAUGUGUACGAGUCUAUAAGCAGCCAUGUCAUCAUUUUUCACGCUUCCCGCUUCUCAGCGCAAGCGGAAGAGGACCGACGCAGCGCAGUCGAACAACAAGCGCAACGCCACGACAGAUCGAGCAGAACGAAGUGCCCGGAGCAGACAGACCCGCGAUGAGUCGAUAUCCGGCAGUGAGUCGGAGGGUGAAGAAGGCGCAGAUGAGGAGAUGGAUGAGGACGAGGGAACCUCUGGUUCAGAGAAUGAGGACGAAACCGCAGCAGAACGAAGGUUAAGGCUAGCAGAGCGUUACCUCGAGAACGUACGGGAGGAAGUGGACGACUAUGGGUUCGACGCAGCAGAGAUUGACAGGGACAUGAUUGCAGAGCGAUUAAAAGAGGAUGUUGCCGAAACAAAAGGUCGCAUGUACAGACGCAUUGCAGACUCCCUAGGAUUUUCCGAUGCCACAUGCACUCAAUUCCGCGCUGAUACCCUUCCUACGACAUCAAUUGCAACAUGUGCGCCCUACGCAUACACUGUAUCCAAAGAUAUGACAUUGAUCAAAUGGGAACUGCCCACUCCUCCUUCUCCAUCAAACUCUUCUACCAACAACGCUCAGACGAACGGCACCAAGAAGCAAAAGAAUCCUCCUCCGGCACGCCGACGACCCAAACAAAUCGCCUUCGUCAAAGGCGACAAGAACUUCGCCGACGAUACCUCGUAUCUCGGACACACCGACCAAAUCCUCACCGUAGCUGCAUCUCAGGACGGCAAAUUCGUUGCCACUGGCGGACGGGACAGACGCCUCGUUGUAUGGAACGCAACCGACCUGACGCCCCUCCGAGUCUUCACUCAGCACCGUGACGCCGUCACCGGACUCGCUUUCCGCCGCGGCACCAACCAGCUAUACUCCGGCUCCAAAGACCGAACGCUCAAGACAUGGAGUCUCGACGAGCUAGCCUACGUCGAGACACUCUUCGGUCACCAAGACGAAGUUGUCGACGUCGACGCACUCGCACAAGAGCGCUGCGUCAGCGUAGGCGCCCGCGACCGGACCGCUCGUCUAUGGAAGGUCGUUGAAGAAUCGCAGCUCGUGUUCCGCGGCGGCGGGAGCCUCGAGAAGAAAUCGAGAAAAGAAAAGGAACUGGAAGCCGCUAACGGCGGUGCUCCCGUCUCCACAGCUCGCUACGGCGAAGGCAGCAUGGACCGCAUCGCCAUGGUCGACGAAGAAACGUUCGUCACCGGCAGCGACAACGGUAGUAUUUCACUAUGGUCCCUGCAAAAGAAGAAACCCCUCUACACUGUCCACGUCGCCCACGGUCUCAACCCGCCUCUUAAACCCGAGGAAGCUUCCGCCGAGCAAAACCCUGAUCCCAUCCCGCCUGGACGACCCCAGCCUCGCUGGAUCACUGCCCUCGCGACCAUUCCUUUUUCGGACGUCAUCCUAAGUGGUAGCUCAGAUGGCUAUGUCCGCGUCUGGCGCAUCGGCGACGACAAGAAAAGUCUGGAACCAAUGGGUGUCUUGGGCGGUGGAGCAGGUGGCAGCGGAGAUGCCAACGGACUUGAACUGGUCAAUGGCGAUGCGACCGGAACCCAGAAUCCGCAUCAGACCUCGAUACGCGGUGUCGUCAACGACAUUGCUGUAUUCGAGCGCGGCGAUCGCGGUCGCGACGGAGCUUGCGUCGUUGCUGCUGUCGGCACGGAACAUCGCUUUGGCCGCUGGAUCAAGCUCAAGGGCAAGAAUGGCGCUGUGGUGUUUGAAGUCCCGAAGCAGGAAGCUUCCAAAGAUGUCGCCAAUAGUGAAGAAUAAAGCUGAGCAGCUAAACAGGGGUAUCCUGCACCAUUGAAAAAAAGCACUUUGGGUUUUUAUUCCUUUUCUUUCCCUUUCCCCCCUUCUCUGAUUCAAUAGGCGCAUAUCAAGCAGCAUUUCGACCUCAUCAUUAGUCAGGCUCUAUUGUAGGCGUUUUGUUUCUAAUCUUUCCUGCUCAUCUGUUACCUUACCUACCUCAGGUAUCGAUUACUCUAGUUUCUGUUUGUAUCAUGUACUGUAUCUAGUGUGC